AUGGAAUCUAAAGUCUCUGAAGGUGGCCUGAAUGUGACUCUCACAAUUCGGCUACUGAUGCAUGGGAAGGAAGUUGGAAGCAUCAUCGGGAAGAAAGGAGAAACAGUGAAAAAGAUGCGUGAAGAGAGUGGAGCACGAAUCAAUAUCUCAGAGGGAAAUUGUCCAGAGAGAAUUGUGACUAUUACAGGCCCCACAGAUGCCAUCUUCAAAGCUUUUGCCAUGAUUGCUUACAAAUUUGAGGAGGAUAUAAUUAACUCUAUGAGCAACAGCACAGCUACUAGUAAGCCACCAGUAACACUAAGGUUGGUCGUGCCAGCUAGCCAGUGUGGAUCACUGAUUGGUAAAGGAGGCUCCAAGAUUAAGGAAAUCAGGGAGUCAACAGGUGCUCAGGUUCAAGUGGCCGGGGACAUGUUGCCCAAUUCCACAGAGAGGGCAGUGACCAUCUCAGGGACCCCCGAUGCCAUUAUCCAAUGUGUCAAACAGAUCUGUGUGGUGAUGUUGGAGGUACAAUCUGUAACAAUAGGGUCCCCACCGAAAGGUGCCACCAUUCCCUAUCGCCCAAAGCCCGCCUCCACCCCUGUCAUUUUUGCAGGUGGUCAGGUAAGAGCCGACCCGCUUGCAGCCUCAACUGCCAACCUCAGCCUUUUACUGCAGCACCAGCCGCUGCCCGCCUAUACAAUUCAGGGACAAUAUGCUAUUCCACACCCAGAUCAGUUGACCAAGCUCCACCAGUUGGCUAUGCAGCAAACCCCCUUUACUCCCCUUGGACAGACCACCCCUGCUUUCCCUGGAGAAAAGCUGCCCUUACAUUCCUCCGAAGAAGCUCAAAAUCUGAUGGGCCAAUCAUCAGGUUUGGAUGCCAGUCCCCCGGCCAGUACUCAUGAACUCACCAUUCCCAAUGAUCUAAUAGGCUGCAUAAUCGGACGCCAAGGGACCAAAAUCAAUGAAAUUAGACAGAUGUCUGGAGCACAGAUCAAAAUCGCCAAUGCCACAGAAGGUUCAUCAGAACGUCAAAUAACCAUCACAGGAACCCCAGCUAACAUCAGCCUUGCUCAGUACCUCAUCAAUGCCAGGCUGACGUCUGAGGUCACUGGAAUGGGUGCACUCUAAUUUCUACCAUCGUCCUUCUUUCUGCAUCAUCUGACCCUACCAAGCCAAUGACACUUCAUCCAGCUUCUACAAUCUUUACUUACUG